AUGGAAGGAGGGAGUACCAGAAAAGAAGAAAAUAAAAUAAGCACAGCACCAGACUUCGCACACAUUCCCCAUUCUUCGAGCUCCACAGCCAUGGUCUCCCAGUCCCAACAGCCACCCUCGCCGCCGCCGCCGCCGCCCGAGCCGACCAGCAUUAGCUCUUUGACCGACGACCUCCUCCGUGAGAUCUUCCUCCGCCUACCGGACCUCCCGACCCUUGUCCGCGCGGCCUUCACCUGCCGCCCCUUCCUCUGCCUGGUCCGCUGCUCCCCGGCCUUCCGCCGCCGCUUCCGCGAGCUCCACGCGCCGCCUCUCCUCGCCCUCUUUCUCACACCCUACAUGGACGCCGUCAUCCCUUCCGCCAGCCGCAGCCCCGACCCGGACACCACUGCCGCCUUCGCCGAUUUACUCGGAGACGACGACGCCACCGAGUGGGGGACAGAUUCCCAAAUUCCCUACUACUACGACGGGUACGUCGCCUUCGUCAACCGGAGCACCGAUCAGACUGCCUCCUACAGCCCACUGAAUAUUGGAGCGCCGGCGCAGGCCCUGGAUAUCUACCCCAAGACGCCCCGCGAAGGCAUCGACGCCUGGCUCGAGUUCUACACGCUCCCUCCGGACCAAGAGGGCCAGAGGCCAUCCCGUGUGGUCUGUGUCCGUCACGAUCGCUCAUGGGCGCGCGCGCGUGUGGCCGUCUUCUCAUCUCACGCCCUGAAGUGGCAGAUCUUCCCAGAGUCCAGGGGGUUGCUGCUUGAGCGCGACAGGCGCACGAUUCGUAAGCUUGUCGAUGGGUUCGUCUGCUGGUUACAGAGUGAAAACUGCAUUCUCGCUCUCAACACUGUCACCUUUCAGUUCUCUCGAAUGAAUCUGCCACCGCCCUUGAGAGGGCCAUACACAUACAUGUAUCGUACACCGCGCUUUGAGCUUGGUCAGACCAAGGAUGGGAAACUCUGUAUCGUGCAUGUGCAGGAAUUCACGCUUUCUGUUUGGCUCUGGACACCCGACGAUGACGGCGUCGAGAGAUUUAUGCUGCACAAGAUGUUUCAGUUGCACACAAUUGUUAAGGAGAUCACUAAGCGUUCAGUCCUGGACAAUGUUGACGCUGGAGGGCAUAUGAACGUUACUGAUGGAUUUGUGUACCUGUCUGUUGUCUAUGACAAGGGUAAGCAAUCUUCUAAGUGGUUCCUAUCCUUCUGCCUGGAAACAGCAGAGGUGAAGUUGCUCUUUGAGAAAACAUGCAGUAUUUACUGCCCUGUUGAUCCAUACAUCAUGGCCUGGCCUCCUUCUUUGAUGCACGACAAGGGGGAUUCAGAAACUGAAGUUGCCAGGGACACUGUUGGAGAUGAUGGUCCUGUGGGCACGGAAGAAGCUUCCCCUGUCCUCUUCACGGCAUUGCAGUUAUUCAAAGAAGCUUUGAUUGAUGAUGACAACGCAAAAUUUGUGGAGAUGGACGCUUUCUUACUUGAUGAUGAGAUUAGCUCCCUUUUGAACAAAAUCUCUACUUUAGAAGCAGGAUUAGCAGCUGGGAGAGACUGUGUGCUGAGAAGAGGUGCUCAUUCCAAUAUCAACGUGGAAGGGAUGGAAAGGAGGAGUUGGUGGGAAAUGUGCAAGGGGAUGUUGGGGAGAGUUUCUUCCCACUUCUUUGCCAAUUGA